UUCUCGUUGUGCCCUAGCACCGUCAUCUGUUUCCCUUUCACGACCUCACGCUUGACGAUGGCUACCCCUGAUAUGGCUGCGGCUGCGGCUGCGGCUGCUGGCUCCGUGUCCGGCCUCAACAAGAAGAGCGAGGGCUGGGUUGAGAUUCAGCGCGGCACCUUCACCAACUGGCUCAACACCAAGAUCAAGGACAAGAUGCCUGAAAUUGACGAGAACGAUCUCGCCAAUGCGAUGCAGGACGGCGUCUGCCUGAUCGAGAUGCUUCAAACCGUCUCGGGCAAGUCGAUGGGCAAAUUCAACCGCAACCCCCGCCUCAAGGUUCACAAGCUUGAAAACCUGACGGCGUCCUUUGACUUUAUGAAGAAGGAGAACCUCACCCUUGUCAACAUUGGCCCUUCGGACAUUGAGUCGGGCAACGAGAAGCUGAUCCUUGGCCUGCUCUGGACCAUCAUUUACCACUACCAAAUUGCUGUUUCCUUCAAGGGAUCGGACGGGAAAGCCGUCAGCGGCCAUGGCAAGAAGGGUGGUGCCCGUGAGCUGAUGCUCGAGUGGGUGCGCAGCAAGAUUCCCGAAUACAACAUCAAGAACCUCAACAAAGACUGGAACGAUGGCCGCGCCAUGGCCGCGCUCGUCAAUGUCAUUGCUGGCGAGCCGCAGGUCAUCCCCAAUCACGGCGAAAUGCUGGUGGAGAAUGCCAAGCGCAAUGCCACCACCGCCAUCGAUGCCGCGGAAGAAUACCUAGGCAUUCCCAAGGUGCUGGAACCUGAGGACUUGGUCAACCCGGAUCUAGAUGAACUCUCCAUGAUGACGUACCUCAGCUACUUCAAGACGGCCACCCGCAAGUCGAACGACAAUCAGGCAGUGGCUGAACCUGAACCUGAACCUGAACCCGCUGCUGCCGAGCCUGAACCUGAACCUGCCACCCCAGCUAAGGCGGGCGGUGCUUUGCCACCACCAUGGGAGCGUAGCGCCGAUUGGCGUGAAUAUACCGGUGUCAACUUGGGUGGGCGCUGCAAGAUUCGAGUCUAUUUCUCCUUGACCACCUCUUCAGCCGUGUAUCGCAAGCGCAAGGAAGAGAUGAUGGCUCUUUUCGAGCGCAUGAAGGUUCAUGAGCGACCCGACUUUGAGCCUUGGAUCCCAGUGGACAUGGACAUGGACAAGGCCACCCGUGAUGCCAUCUUCGAAAAGGCUGGCACGCGCGAACUACCCAUGCUGUUUGUCGAUGACGAAUACGUUGGCGGCUAUGAUCAAGUCAUGGAUCUGAAUGAGUCAAACCAGCUCGAGAAGAUUUUUGAGUAUUAGCCGACCUUUUCUCUCUUUCUCUCCCAUCCGGCUUCACACAGUUUUGUUUGGUUUGAUUUGUUUUUUCUUUUGGUUUUUUUUUUUCUUUGUUUUUGCUUUGGUCAACCUUUCAGUUUCCUUCUUGUUCCCUACUUUCUCGCUCUGAUGAACCAUGAACCAAGGCACAAAGAAUGCGACUUUGACUUUGAGAUACUGCCUUCGCGUCUUGUUGUGCCCCACGAUAUACCUGGGUGCACUGUGGUUCAAUUGUUGCACUGAUCGAGCAAAAAUAAUCUCCAUCCUACUAUGCAUGAGUCGUGUUAUGGCAAUUUGACAUUUUAACGCAUUAGUUGACGUGGACAGUCACACAUUCAAAAAUGGGCCACCCCAGAGAACACUCUCAUGCAUUUCCAAGCCGCUGUCUAAUCCUCCAUCUCAUCAGAAGAGGAAGAAAUUAUUUCCGCACUCUUAUAGUUGUCGUUGACUUUGGCCUUCUUGGGAGGAGCAGAGCGACCACCCUUCUUGCUUGCCUUGCCACCAUCGUUGUCGUCAUCUUCCUCGGGUGGCUCGUAGCUCUCCAUCUCCUUGUUAUAACGUUUCUUGUCCUCUGCAGCCUUGCUCUCGUACUCUGAUUUGUCUUCCAUCUCGCGCCACAUCUCGCCAGCCUUUUGGGCAAUCUCUGUGGUCGACAAGCCAGGGUUCUGCUCCUUAAUUUCUUCGCGAUUGGCGUGGAAGAACCACAGGUAGGCUGACUUGGGCUUGCUUGGCGCAUUGGGGUCCGCUUUAGCCUUUGAAGAACGUCGCUUGCUUUUGCUUUUGGAUUUCUUGCGGCCAGAGGCUCCUUCGUCGUCAUCAUCAGCGGCUGGGUGCG